AAAACGCAGGUCCCCGCGGCGGGGAGGGCGCAGUGUGGGGGUAGUUGGUUGCCGUGCGGUUGUUGGCAGGAGGAGCGCAGACUCAGCGCAGACUUCGGCGUACAGCGCUACCGGCAUCCGGUUCUUCUUUCUUCUUCCAGCGGUAAGUGAAGAAAAAUGGCCCGUACAAAGCAGACCGCCCGUAAGUCCACCGGGGGGAAGGCUCCGCGCAAGCAGCUGGCCACCAAGGCGGCCCGGAAAAGCGCUCCCUCUACUGGUGGCGUCAAGAAGCCUCAUCGCUACAGGCCGGGCACGGUCGCCCUCCGUGAGAUCCGUCGCUACCAAAAGUCCACCGAGCUUCUGAUCCGCAAGCUGCCCUUUCAGCGGCUGGUCAGGGAAAUCGCCCAAGAUUUCAAAACAGACUUGAGGUUCCAGAGUGCAGCCAUCGGUGCGCUGCAGGAAGCCAGCGAAGCGUAUUUGGUGGGUCUGUUUGAAGAUACAAACCUGUGCGCCAUCCAUGCCAAGAGAGUCACCAUCAUGCCCAAAGAUAUCCAGUUGGCUCGCAGGAUACGGGGGGAGAGAGCUUAAGUGAAGGCUGUUUUUAUGGUGUUUUGUAGUAAAUUCUGUAAAAUACUUUGGUUUUAAUUUGUGACUUUUUUUGUAAGAAAUUGUUUAUAAUAUGUUGCAUUUGUACUUAAGUCAUUCCAUCUUUCACUCAGGAUGAAUGCUAAAAGUGACUGUUCACAUAAACCUCAGUGAUGUGAGCCUUGUUGCUCAGGAGUGACAAGUUGCUAAUAUGCAGAAGGGGAUGGGUGAUCUUUCUUGCUUCUCAUGCAUGUUUCUGUAUGUUAAUGACUUGUUGGGUAGCUAAACUUGUAAGGUACUAGAAUUGAUAUAAAUGUGUACAGGGUCCUUUUGCAAUAAAACUGGUUAUGACUUGAUCCAAGUGUUUAACAAUUGGGGCUGUUAGUCUGACCAUACAUCACUGUGAUCAAAUGUGGACUUUUCAGAGGGUGAAACUACAAGUCUUAACCACAGUGUAACUUACAGUUUCCUAAAAAAAAAAAAAAAAAAAGUAAACCUGGCAGCUAUAGAAUACACUAUGUGCAUUUAUAAUAGCUAUUUUAUAUAUUGUAGUGUCAACAUUUUUAAAUUAAAUGUUUUACAUUCACA